UGUUGAAGCGAAGAAUGUGAAUCCAGGUCCAUUUUUUGCGCUUGAAGCUGAUGUAUUAACCCGAAGUUUCGGGCUCGACCUUCCCGUUGUCGCCUAGGUUGCUGUUCCCCUCGCGGGGCGUUCCCGUUUGUUUUUUGUCUUGUCGCUGUGUCUUUGUCUCUUUGGCACACCGUUUUCUCUUCUCCAUCUUGUCUCCUUCAUCCCCAAACCUCGUGUUUUCGCCGGAGUCCUGCCUAGCUUUCUCCGCAAGUCGCGGCAAGACCCUGCGUUCUUUGAGUCGAGUGUUCAGCCGGUGUCCAGUCGCGAAGUUGUUUUUUAAGAUUCCCGUUCCAUCUUUGCCCCUUUCUCUUUGUCGCGCCUGUCGCUCCGGUCUUUUCUUUCCGUGCGAGAAAUUCGGCGGAGCCAAAUGGACAAUCCAAAUCCUACGGUGUUGGAAGACGAGCCCGAGUCGGAUCAGGAUGUCUUUGCCCCAGAUGCGGACGGUUUUCACGUCACUUCGCGAGGGCGGCUGGCGUCGCUCUUCAGCGCCUCGUCACGAAGCCCCAACUGGAGCUGUUCCUUAGCCAAUCCCAAGAUUUUCUACUUCCCCCUUCUUCCCGCACAUGCAACCCAACGAGCUUGUCACCAGCAGACCGACGCGUCGGGCAUGGCGACUGCAGAGAGCGCCGUUCCUCCUUCCCUUUUCAGAGAAGCAAGCGAGGCGCUAGCCCCCACAAAGGCCGACCUUCUGCGGAGCGAACAGGCUCUCCGUGCCAUCAGCGGAAACAGCGGAAUCCACGGUUCUCUGUAUCGUCGAAAACAAGAUGUUCGGCGACAAGUCGCGGACUACCUUUCGCUUUUGAAGACAGAGAAGCGUGUGGCCAACCUCGUGGAAAAGAGCCGAGACGAAGAGAAUGAGAGACGCGGGAGAAUACGAUCCUCCCCAAGAGAGGCGAAUCUGGGAGAGUUAGAGGGAGGCGAACAAGGCAGCAGAGAGCGGAAGGACGAAGCCGAGAGACAACGAAGUGCAGACGAGAAGGGUGAGGAGACCAGAGACGGCGCGGACGCGCUGGAGGAAGCAGAUCGAGCUGUGAAAAAGUGGAUGUUGAAGAAACAAAUGCGCAGACGCUUGUGGUCGAGGGAACCCUUCACUGUCGAGGAGCUCUACAAUUAUAUCAAACACAUUCAAGACCCUGAACAUCCAUACUCGCUGGAGCAACUCGACGUAGUCGCUCCGAAGAGGCUGACUGUGAGUGGUAGCUGUGAAUUGUCUGACUCCAGCGAUCAAGAGAGUGUGGAGUCCGACUCCGACGCCUGCGACUCCAGAGGUCACCAGAGCGCGCUUCCUUCUUGCGGGCCCGGACGCGCGUCCGCUUAUAUUCGGAGCCGGUGGGGAGGCCGGCGACGGCGCUUUCCGGAGAGUGGGUAUGCCUCGAAUUCGCCACUGUUAUCGGACUUGGAAAGCAACUCUAGCGUGAGCAGUCUCUCCUCUGGAGAGAGUGAUUUAGGUUCUUGCGACGAUAUCGAGUCCUUCUUCUUCCCCGUUUCAGACAAGGAAAGCUGUCUGCACGCAGAGCAGGAGAACGAAGUGCCUUCGAGCCGAGGAAGCGGGCAGGACACUCGGGAGACGCGAGACAAUACUCAAAACGUCUUUCCGGAGUCAGGGAUGCAUUUUUCUGUCCCCGAUUUAGGUGCAUGCGUUGGUGGCAGAGAAUACCAAAAACCGUCGCUACGCUCCUCUUUUUCUUCGACUGUUGCCUCUCCUUCCUGUUGUUCGACUUCCAAAGCAAACGCAACACUCGACGCCAGCGGAGGAGGUGACAGGGAAGAGACAGUGGGAGGAGGAGAAGAGGAAAUCUGCGCGUCGAGGAAACGACCAAGUGCACGCGGUCUGCCGUCAGUGCAGCGAGAAGUCAGGGCCUUGGAACUCGCCUACAAAAGUGGAAGAGGUCGACGCUGCAGUGUCAGUGUCUCCUUCCAGCCCACCAUUCCUCACUGCUCUCAGGCGACGUUAAUUGGAUUGCUGAUUCUGGUGAAGCUCUUGCGGUCAGCCCCUGUCUGGAUGAAGAGCGAAAUUCGAAUCGCUGAUGGCAAGCACGUGUCGUUCAAGACGAUAAACCGCCAACUGAAAGACAAGGAACGAGUGAGCGCCGCCAUCGAAAAUCCUGCUCUCUUGAAAGUCAUCAAUCGGGGUUUGCUAGGAACGGACGCGUGGAUUGACAUCACCGACCUUCUCGUCCUCCCUGAGUAAAAGAGAGAACGCCAUAGCGCAUUACUCCUCAGUUCAUGUAUCAUCCAAGUGAUUACUUGAUUCCAAAAAGGUUGUGGCAGUGGGCGGGAGAGUUGAUAUUCACCCCGAAGGUGGAACUGCAGAGACGCGAUUCAAAGAGAGGCAGAAGGGAGCGAAGACGGAACGAAGCGACGGACAUUGGAAAAGAAAAGACGAAACAGGAAGGAGAAAGAUAACUGGAGAAAGGGGUGAGGCGCGGCAUCUUCUUGUGUGGGCUAUGACCCGCGGAAAAGCCAAAGGAUCUGGGAACGGCGAUACAGACCGUGCAUGCACUUUUUUUGCGUCCCAAAGAUGACACCUGGUCAAACCUCAGAGGCGCUUUGUCUCUAACUUGAAACGAUGUGUCACGUAUUUGUGGAGGCACUUCAUUAAGAUUCUGUGUGACAAAUAUCAGAACUAGUUCAUGCGUUAGUUACUACAUUUACUCUCACUUGAACGAGGAAAAUUUCACCGCACGCUGUAGGCACCGCGUGGUUCUACCACUCUUGAUGUGUAGCGAAUCUCAAUCGGCGACUAGUUCAUAUAGCCAUCUGGUGGCGUUACGUGAGGCUUCUUGUAGGUAAGGGCACGGUGGAGACACGAAGUCGAGACUGAAGGCGUUCUCGAAUAAGUACUCUGAUGGCGUGCCGACUGAGCUACCGUAAUAAACAAACACCGGUAGAUUCAUACAUUUACAGAGGGAGGUCACGACAGUCGCGCGGAAUUGGAGCAAAGCGUCCUUCAAUUGCCUCCUUCCGAUGAUGCAAUCAUGCUUGUGACAGAGGGAAUCUGGCAUGUACUCAACAUGACUUUCAGGGUUCCUAGGCUGACCAAGUCGUCCAUCAGUUUACUAGAGAACCGUACGCGGGAGUAUGUUCAGCUGGUGGCAUUUGAAGGCUCACCUCUAUCCCCAAUGAAGCGCAGGUGUCUACCAAGAAUGAAUAUUACACAAUGGGAAACCGACUAAAAGUAACUGCCCAGUCGAAGGAGUUUAGGAGAGUUCGUCUUUUCUGUGAAGUCGGAUUUGUUUGGAUGUCGCCACCGACGCUCCCGAACAGCGCCAUUUCCGCAGCGUGGGUGUGCAUUUGCUUGAGAGAGCGUUCAAAAAGACUGCCGUGGGAGGAUGGAAGCCGAGUGUGCUAGGCAAUGAGGGCACACAGCCUGUACCGUCUACAGAGGUAAGUGACGGCUUAUUCGUGGCU